AUGGUGGCUAAAACUGAAGGCAAGGCGAUUGGUAUCGAUUUGGGUACCACCUACAGCUUCGUCGGAGUGAGGCUAAAUGACAGGGUCGAGAUCAUCGCCAAUGAUCAGGGUAAUAGGACUACGCCUUCGUAUGUCGCAUUCACUGAUACCGAGAGGUUGAUUGGUGAUGCUGCCAAGAAGCAAGUCGCCAUGAAACCCUCCAACAUAGUGUUUGAUGCCAAGCGACUCAUUGGUCGGCGGUUUUCUAAUCCGUCUGUACAGAGUGGCAUGAAGCUCUGGCCCUUCAAGGUUAUUCCUGGCCCCAGUGACAAGCCCAUGAUUGUUGUUCAAUUCAAGGGCGAAGAGAAACAUUUCGCCGCUGAGGAGAUUUCGUCCAUGGCCUUGACCAAGAUGAGGGAGACUGCGGAGGCAUAUUUGGGUUAG